UCAGGAAACUUGGUGACGUUUCCUCACUUGCGUUAUAGUUAUGCAGCGUUUGUUUGCACGUUUUUGCUUUUCGUCUCUCGAUAGCAGUAGAAGGUGAUCUGGCAGCGAAUUCUAAUACACAAUACCGAGACAUGCAAGAAGAGAACAAAACGAGAGCACAGACUUUGCGUAGGCCACGUGAUGACACGUCUCCUUGCGGUUAACUGACCUGACAAAUAUAGAGCCGCUCACUAGCUAAAUAAAGGCGGUGGUAAGAGAGUGUCGUCUAGCCUGACAAUAAUGUGCUGCUGUUGGAGGAGGAGACAAGAGAGGCUGCACACGGUUGCACUGCAAAAGCCAGAACACAUAUUACCUUUUUAUUUCUUAUCAUCUGUUACUCACAGCUGUUGCUCGACGAUGAGGAAGUUUAUAUCCUUUGCUUUGCUACGGUUUUUCUUUGUCAGGCUUUUGGCGGUGAGAACCUCUUCCACGAACGGGAUUUUGCUUCUGAUUGGCAAAAAUUUGAAGCUUAUGUGUCGAGCAACGUCGUCUGCUGUAGACAAAAAGAGAAUAAUUGGCAGACCAAGACUAUUGCGUUUGUGAUUCAAUAUCUUUGCUCGCCAUGAUUAAUCCAACGAAGGCCUAUGAAUUCUCCAUUUACAUCCAUUCAUGGCAACGGAGACAAACUAGAGGGUAGCUGCAGUAGGCUAUACUUCGAAAACUCUGAUGAUAAUUCUCAUUGGUGGCAAGAAUGGAGAGCAUAUAUUCUUUCUCGUGACAUUCCAGACACUGACAAUGAUGGUCAAUCUGAUCCUCAAAACCAAGUGACUAAUGGUAAAGACUGGCUAUGGUCAACUAAUGCUAGUUAUGUUGCAUUACGAUUUGGAUCUUGCUAUCACGGUACUGGACGUUUUGUGCCAAAUCGAGCACGCAGACAUGACACAAAGCCCGCAGGAGUGACGAGUUUUUGGCGUCCCACAGUUCGAGAAAUUGAACAGCCAUUGUCAAUUCUGUUUCCUGAUCCGCGUCAUCCAAAUAUGAGAAUGUUUAAGACAACGAAUUCUAGAGACUGGUCAGCAAUGCCAAUGUACAGCGGGAUGGCAUUUGUAAACGGUAAACACUCUCGUAUAGUAAAAGUCACAGAACAAGAUCAAGAAUGUUACUAUGCGUGGGGCAUUACACGUCAAUUUCCGAUUGAUCCCAACAGCACAUAUGAAUUCAGUGUCUGGUUGCUGAGCACAGGCAAAGAUCUACAUAACUUCCUUGGCUUUCAAGUUUAUGACGUGGCCUUUAAUAUCCUAUAUGUCGACGGCUUAGACAAACCAUACUUCAAAAGAACCAAAAAUUAUACAGAAACGUGGACACGAUGGAAUGGAUUUGUAGUUCCAGCCACAACUGAUCCUAACGAUAUUCCAAUUAUUACAGCAACGGAGUAAACUGGCAAUGGCCACCUAAUUCUAAGUAUGCCCGGCUGAGGUUCGGUACUUGCUAUGGCGAUGGAAACAACGCAGGAAAGACUUACUUUGCUUACCCUCAGGUCGUAGACUUUGAUCUACAGCUAUAGACAAGAACAGUCAGACGUCCAUCAUGUUCUUCGGUCUUUUUCUAGAGUAUCAGUAAACCGUUUUGUUUCUGUUUGUAGUCUGUGUCAUGAUGGAACAGUAAAAGCUGGCACGAUUAGCAUUUGAGUACGUGCCAUGACUUGGUACUGUUAUCAGUUUCUUUGCAACAGCACAAAUAGCACUGCACAUGUACGUAUAGCUCUUACGUUAUCAAAUAGAAGGCUAAA